AUGACACGCUCUACUGGAAGCGGUAGAAUGGAGGCUAUGCCAAGGCCUAUGGCCGCUGGACGUUUCUCUCAAACUGUAGCAGAAGAUGACUAUGCCCGGCAGAAAUCAGCUGCUAUGUAUAUUUAUAGACAGCUGCGUGAGGCAGAUGAAGCAAAUUUGCUUAGCGAAGAAGAUAUGCAUGUUUAUGGUGAGAGACCCAUGACUGAUCCCUUGAAGCUGGUACGAUGCAACAACUGCAAGAAACCAAUCAAGGACAGCCAAUUUGCUGCUCAUGCAGAACUUUGCAGAUCAUUAAAGCUCACAGAACAGACUGGGCUGGAGCUUAAUGGCAACACAAGGAAUCGAAAACCUCCAAGGAAUGAUAAGAAAAAGUUAUCAGCUUCUUCUGCAGUUGGGAAGCGGAAGAAAAAGUCUGAGUCGUUGGAUAAUAUUGACACUGUUGUGUCACAAACCCACUUGAACAGUCAAAUCAGAGGGACUUCCUUUUCAAAUGAUGUUAAUGAUGUGGCACCGGCAUCUAUGUUGGAUGACACUGGAGUUAGUUAUGGAAAUAGAGUUCUCCAAGCUUCAGUAAUGUAUCCUCCCGCAAAACAUCAUAAAUUGACGACAAGCACACAUACAGUUGUAAUAGAUGAGCAUGGAACAGAGUCUGGAGUGUCAAAAGCUGCGAGUUUAACAAAUGGAACCACUCAUGCGGUGCCGGCAUCUAUGUUGGAUGAUACUGGAAUUAAUAGUGGGAAUAGAGUCCUCCAAGCUUCAGUAAUGUAUCCUCCAACAAAACGUCAUAAAUUGAUGCCAAGCACACAUAUAGCUGUAAUAGAGGAGCACGGGACAGAGUUUGGAGUGUCAAAAGCUGUGAGUUUUAUAAAUGGAACCACCCGGAAAGAUAUGACUGAAGAAAUUGUAUCUGAACAUGGAGAUCCUUUCCAUAAAAAUGUUCAGCAGGUCCAUAUGCAACACCAACACAUGAUGAAUAAUGGGUUUCCGGCACCCCUUGCUACAAAGAUAUAUUAUUCUCAAAGGACCAAUCGACUACGUGCUUCUAUUCGUCAUAUGUACUUUGAGAACUUGUGCGAGGAAGUAUGUGCGGAUGUCGAGCGUCCAAAGACAUCACAUGAAGAGAUGGUUGCAUUGCAAGGUUCGUCUCAGGUGGACCCUUCAUUUGAGCAAAUGGACAAUGUGGUCAACAAGGAGAGCUACUCGGGAAUGAUGUACGCAAAAAAUUCUGAUCAUAUUCUUGCAAAAAGCUCAGAAGUUUGCUUGCUUAAAGCAGGUGGUGUGCCUAGUGAUGGCUUGUCAAAUCAGUUUUUUCUUGACAAUGUUUCAAGGUCUGCAUCUACUCAUGUUGGUUUAACUAGAGGCAGUUUUCCAAAGGCUUAUUCUUUUGCAAGCAACUCAGGAAAUCGCCUGGAAACCUUGCAACAACCAAAUGGGAGUGUUCCUGUUAUUUAG